AUGUCUGGACGCGGCAAAGGUGGCAAGGGUCUCGGAAAGGGCGGUGCUAAGCGCCAUCGUAAGAUUCUUCGCGACAACAUUCAGGGUAUCACGAAGCCCGCUAUCCGUCGUCUGGCGCGCCGUGGGGGUGUGAAGCGUAUCUCGGGCCUCAUCUACGAAGAGACCCGCGGUGUGCUCAAGAUCUUCCUCGAAAACGUCAUCCGCGACUCAGUAACCUACACCGAGCACGCAAAGCGGAAAACCGUCACCGCCCUUGACGUCGUAUACGCGCUCAAGCGAUCGGGUCGUACGCUGUACGGUUUCGGCGCAUAG